AUGGAAGGUUCAGUUCAAAGUAACGUAACCGAAUCUCGUUCCAAUGCUGAGCAACAAAGCAAAGCAAUGUUAUCAUGGGAUGAAAUCAUAGAAAAAAGUUUAUCCAAUUUUGGGUGGAUGGAUUUCUUACAAGCUGUUGUUGUAGCAUUAUCAAUGUUCUUUGAUGCACAACAAUGUUUCAUUAGCAUUUACACUGAUAACUACCCAAAAUGGCACUGCACUAACACUAACACUAACACUAACACUAAUUCAACAUGUUCUUCAUCUUCUGAUAUUUGCAAACUCCCAAGAUCUUCUUGGUCUUGGGACACACACCCUUCAAACACAAUCAUUUCUCAUUGGAACCUUGAAUGUUCUUCCACUUUCAUCACUGGUUUGCCACAAUCAUCUUUCUUCGUAGGUUGCCUUCUUGGAUCUUCCAUUCUUGCAGCCUUAGCUGAUACAUCUGUUGGUAGAAAAAACAUGUUAAUAUUUUCUUGUGUCUCUAUGUCCAUAACAUCCAUGCUCAUAAUCUUCUCCACCAACGUUUGGAUUUACUCCGCCUUGAAAUUCUUGAUCGGUUUCUGGCGCUCCUCGAUUGGAACAUGUGUCCUUGUUUUACUUACAGAAAAAGUGAGCGCUGAAUGGCGAUUCCGAGUUGGAAUUGUUGAGUAUUUAACUUUCACAAUGGGUUACAUGUCUUUACCUGGUUCCGCGUAUAUAACCCGAAACUCUUCCUGGAAAUCUCUUUACCUUUCCUCCUCCAUUCCUGCUAUAAUUUACUCUCUCGUUGCUUAUUUCUUUGUUACCGAGUCCCCAAGGUGGCUAGUUAUGCAGGGUCGAGAGAAAGAUAUUUUGAAAAUGCUCAAAAGGGUUUCUUCACAAGAAACUGCUCAUGAUAGUUUACCUAAACCACCCACCAAAGAAAACUUUUCAAUUUUUCAGCUUUACUCAUCGGUAGGAGAGUUGUUUCAUAAAAGAUGGACUGUUAUAAGAAUGAUAGCCGUCAUGAUUCUUUCUUUUGGGAUUGGGAUGGUUUAUUUUGGUAUGCCACUAGCUGUUGGAAACUUGGGAUUCAACAUUUACUUGUCAGUGGUUUUCAGUGCUUCCAUGGAAUUUCCAUCCUACGUAGCAACAUAUUUCUUAGAAAACUAUAAAAGAAAACCUUCAAUUCUCGUUUUCUCAGUCUUAAGUGGAAUCUGUUGUGUGAUGUGUGCUGUUAUUGAGCAUAGAGUACCGGCAGCUAAAGUGGUGUUAGCAAUGGUUGCAUUCUUUGGGUGUUGUACAGCUUAUAAUGUGUUCCUGAUAUACACUAUAGAGCUAUUUCCGACAUGUGUUCGGAACACAACAACAUCCUUGGUGAGACAAGCGAUUAUGUUUGGCUGCAUAUUCUGUCCAUUUCUGAUAUCUGCUGGGAGGAAGAACAAUAUAUUCUCUUAUGGCGUGUUUGGAGUUGUUAUAAUGUUAUCCAAUAUUACAUUGUUGUAUUUGCCUGAGACUAUAGGGAUUGUUCUUUGUGAUACUAUGGAACAACAAGAGAAGAAAGAAAUAGCUCUGUCUCAUGCCUUGAAUCAACAUCACAAUACUGAAAAUGUUAAUGUUUAA